AUAGUCUUGAAUUGAUCGAUAAUCGUCGAGGUUGAUCGAUUCUCUCUCCCACCACCUCUGAAAAAUAACCUCAUAUUUCCCCUCUUUGUCGCCACCUCUCUUCCUCCAAAAAAACCUCAUACUUCCCCUCUUUAUCUUCACCUCACACCCCCCUCUUCAUCGUCCCCUCACAUCUGAAAAACCUCACAUUCACCCUCCAUCUUCAUCUCUCAUUUCCCCUCUUCAUCCCCCACCUCCUAUUUCAAUUACCUCAAACUUGCCCCUCCUCAUCUUCAUCACACAUUUCCCCUCUCCAUCCCAACCUCACAUUCUAAUAACCUCAGUUUUCCCCCUCCCCAAAAUCAUAAUAUUUCUGGCGAAGUUUCCCAGCAGGGGACACCAAUCCGAUAAUUCAGUUGGCAUUUUCCGAGCAACGGACUAAGUGAUUGUUUGGAGUGGUUGGUUGACAGUUGUCUCCGAUUUUCGACGAACUGUGAUCAGUGGUCAGUCGCGAACAGCGAGCAAUCGGCAGGGACCCCCAGCUAGCCUCCCCUUGUGACUGGUCGACGCAACGCUACUUGGCAGUUCUUGAAGAAUGGCUGACCCAGACGCACCAUGGAUGCUAGACGACACCCCAGAAGAUGUGCCCGCUGAGGGCUCAGAAGAGGCACCAGCUGAAGAGGCACCCGCUCCCCCUCCAGAGCCUCCCAAACCAGAGGGACCACCCCCAAGGAAAUAUAACACUGAGGGUCCCUGGUUCGACGAGCAACGUGCCAAGAAGAAGUAUAUCUGCCGACACUGGGUUAGGCCCAAGUACCUUCAAUAUAACUAUAUGUACAACUACAGAAAGAACUACUACGACGAUUAUAUCGAGUUCAUGGAUAAACGCAACAAAGGACUGGAGUCCGAGCCGCCGAAAGCACAAACCUGGGCCGAGAGAGCCCUAAGGACCUAUAGGAAGUCACUGGACCGCUACUGGCAGGAAACCAUGCCGAUUGACUACAUCUUCACCAAGGCUGAGCCCAACAUCCAUUACGUCAACAUGUACCGAGCUGAUCACACCAGGGAGCACUUCUACAGGAGGCAUUAUGACGCCAUACAUCACUCUGAGAUGUGGGGAGCUAGAUCAGAUGUCCCAUGGAACCUGAUCAUCAACUAUGUACCGAAACCAUACAAGUACAUCGAUCAGCAAGAAUCCUAUGGAACCUAUGACACCACAUGGUAACCCUACUUUAUGACUGUAAAAAUUAUGUGCACCUUAUCUCACUCAUUUCACAUAAUUCUACAAUCAUGAACCACGAGUCUGUCAUUAAAGAAACUUGGAAGAAAUGUCCCAUGAUAAAUUUCAUGGUAAGCUACACAUAUACUUCGCAAGUGUUCAAUCGAAAAAAAAAAACUGAAAUAUUGUCUGGGAUGUCAAUAAAAAUGCUGUUAAUCAUAUCUUACCUAAAUUUUUUUAUGGACAUCAAAAUCUUAUUUCAGGCUCGACGUAUAAUUAAUUUACUACAAUAAUACUGUAUUAAUAUUAAUGUAUAUUGUCAAAAUAUUAUUGAGUUAUGUAUUUCAAAAUAAAUGAAUUAAUGUCGAUGAAA